AAGCUUGUAACCUAUAUAAAUGUAUUGAAGAAAACAACUUCAUACAUAUUCAUGAACUUUGCUCAAUAAUCAAUAUGCUCAAAAAUGUGCCAAAGGAUCAAAAUCCAAAUAAAAGUAAAUAGUUUGUAAAGAGCAGCUCUCUCGUAUGAGAUGAUGAUAAAGUAGUACUCCGUUAUUAUCCUUAAACAAUGUUUCAAGUUCUUAACUUUGAUUUAGUUAAUUAAAUUAUAGCUUAGCAGAAAUUUGACUUUUGUUUUGGUCUCUAAUUUCUCAUUUUCUCUGAUAUAUUUGAAGUCGUCAAUCCAAAAUUUUACUUAAUUAAGAUACUUAUGAUUAUAGUAAAUUGAAUUAGUUCGGUAUAUAAAUAAUCGGUGGGAGUAAUUGAAUAGAAAGUAUUUACCAUAAGAAUUAAACUAAUAGCCCUUUAAUCUGUUCCUUCUAUUCCUUGUAAACCAAAUCUGCAUUUUUUCCUUCCAUAUUAGAUAUUCAGUAUGAUUUUUUUAGCUUGAAAGUGAGAUCUGAGGAUCGUUUUCGAAUCUCCGUCAUCGGAUUUCCAUUAAUACUGAUCACAUUUCGGAGAAAGACAUAUGCCGUUGGAUUAAUACAAUUAUUGGUGGUAACAUCAUAGUGUCAUUCGUCAUGUCUUCGUUCAUUCCAGGAAAUUCAAACGGCAGAAAUGAAUGCAGAAACUCUCCAUCUUCGUUAUUCUUCUUCAUCUAGCUUCAACACUAGAUCACAUUCCUCCAUUAACGGAUUCCAAUUUGAAAAUAUGGAAAUGGAAGACGACAAUAAAAUUACGGACAUGAAGAAAAGACCGCCUUCAGAGUUCGGUGAUUCAGGGUGGUUGAGAAAUACAUUUUUCAUGAGAUUGACGGCUAGGGAUGUGUUCGGUGUGGUGAAGAAUCAUCCCAUACCGUGCAUCUUCGCUACCACGUUGCUCUUCUUCAUGGGCGUGGAAUAUACUCUUCAUAUGGUUCCAUCUUCGUCCCCGCCUUUCGAUCUGGGAUUUGUUGCUACGCGUCCCCUGCAUCGUUUGCUUGAUUCAAAACCUGCUCUUAAUACUGUUCUUGCUGGCCUUAAUACGGGGUUUGUGGGAAUGCAAAUGGUGUACAUAGUAUGGGCUUUCUUAAUUGAAGGGCGACCAAGAGCGACUAUUGCAACUCUGUUCAUGUUCACAUGUAGAGGCAUUCUUGGAUAUUCCACGCAGCUGCCAUUACCAGAGGAUUUUCUGGGGUCGGGAGCUGAUUUUCCAGUAGGAAAUGUGUCGUUUUUCUUGUUCUAUUCGGGGCAUGUUGCAGCAUCAGUGAUUGCAUCGCUGGAUAUGAAGCGUAUGCAGAGAUGGAAAUUGUCUUAUUUAUUUGACACCUUGAACGUAUUACAGACGGUGAGAUUGUUGAGUACCAGAGGCCAUUACACUAUUGAUUUGGCUGUUGGAGUUGGUGCUGGAAUUUUGUUUGAUUCUCUCUCUGGAAAAUAUGAGGAGAAGAGGAAAAAGGAAUUGCUCGCAGGCAGCCCUGAUGGCUCUACUAAUGGUGCGUUUCAUAACUCGAAAUUACAUGAAAAUGGUGAAUAUUUAAGUGUUUCUGCAGAUUAGAACUUCCCAUUCCAGCAUUUCAUUCUUUUCAACUGUAAAAAAACACCUUUACUAUAGUGUUAGUAUGUUACAAAUUUCAAUUUCCCCAACAAAAUAUUCAGUUAUGAACACAUUACUCAUCACAAAGGGGCAAUUCGAAAGCUCUACAUGUUAUAGCAAAUAGAACUCUGCAAGUCACAAAUCAUCUCCUAAAACAUUCUACAUCAAGUUUUAAUAACAGAUCCAAGUGUACCACGACAGAAACAAAUACA